AUGGUCAAUCCCACAUCCCUCGAACCCCAGGACCCAGAUCUCGAGCACGUGUGGCAAGACCAAGACGAAAAUCAACAUCAAACCCAAACCCAAACCCAAGAUUACCCCCAAACCCACCCCCACAACCAAGAAACACCAACCUCCCCACCCACAGCCCCCAUCGAAUGGACCACAUCCGCCCAAAACUGGGCAAACAUUGCCCAUCGCGCCCGCACACACCACGAGCAACAUCAACGCCGCGACCAACACCGCGAACAAGAAACAGCCGCCCGUUGGACCAUCUCCGCUCAACACUGGGCAGAUAUUGCCCGUCGCGCCCGUGCACUUCAUGAGCUGGAAGAACGCCGCGAACGGGAACGGGAAAUGGCUGCACGUUGGGUACUUUAUGCACAGCAUUGGUCUCGAAUCCUGCGUGAAGUGAAGGCGCGUGGGUGGGUGGGCGUGGUGAUGGUGGUGGGGAGGGAAGUGCGGGUAUGGGUGUGGAUGCGGAUGCAGAUACUCCUGCGCCGCAAGAUGCGCGAUACUGUGCUUAGCCGCGUUGUGUUACCCGCAUGCUAUUUCAUAUGGGGUGCCAGGAUGUGA